AUCAGGACGAGCUGCAUUUCAGUUGUGGAACAAGUAAGGAUAGAAGAUCUGAAGGAGAGCUGGACAUCAGAGCAUUCAGACCUCAAGACCUUCAUCUAAAAAAGAGCAAGAGAGAAGCGAGAGAACAGGAAACUGGUGAUUUCCUGGGAAAUAAUCCAGAUGGGCUAAAAGUCAUUCUAUUGGCAUUUAGAGCGAUUUGAGGGAUAAUCUGAGCCUCCAAACCGCUUUUGUACCUACAGAAGAAAAGGCACUGGAAGGCACUGAGAAGGUUCUCGAUCAACAAGGUGAAAAAAAAAACAAACUCACACAGCGGGAAUCAGUUCUCAGUCCAGCACUAGUUGGUGUUUCUCCUCCAUGUCAGAAUCCAAUUGGCCUCUUGUUUCUCCUUCUCCCCUUCCCCAGUGUGACUAUGGAGAAUGGAGGGUCACCCGAGUGCUGAUUCCAGUUCUGUACCUCUCAGCCUUCAUGGUUGGAACGUUUGGAAAUGUCUUUGUCCUUUGUGCUUACCUGCACUGCUGUGGUCGAUGGUUCCGGAGGAACAGGAGCCAUAACAAAUCAGCUGCUUCCUUUAGACCGACCUCUUCUUCACGUUCUUUAACCGAGUCUCUGAUCGUCAGUUUGGCUCUGGCUGAUCUUGCUUUUGUCACCACUCUCCCUCUGUGGGCGGUCUACACCGCACUCGACUACCACUGGCCCUUCGGAAGCUUUCUUUGCCGAGUCAGCAGCUACCUGGUGGCACUGAACAUGUACGCCAGCGUGUUCUCUCUGGCUGGACUCAGUGUCGAGCGCUACUGUGUGAUCAGACGCCGAAGCCCCAGCAAGAACCUGGCGCCAGUUAAAGCCUGUUACAUCGUAGGGUGUGUGUGGAUGGCAGCCAGCAUCCUUGCACUUCCUGCUCUGCUCCUACGAACUGUCCAAGAGGUGGAGGGACAUUUUGAUUGGCUGGAUGAUAGUGAACAUUUUAAUAAUAAUAAUAAUAAUAAUAAUAAUAGAGAUCCGCAGUGCCUGUGUGACAUGGACUAUUCUAUAUUGGUCUCACGAGACCUCGAUGCAGCAUCUCGAGAGCGAGCUGAGGUCAUGUGGUCUGCAUUGCUGGGUUUGAAGUCUACCAUCCUGGGAUUCCUGCUUCCUCUGAUCGUCCUGCUGAUGUGCUACUGUUCCCUGGCUCACUUCUUGUCUCGUCAUUUUCGUCUCGGACCUCAUCCUGAUCGCCAACGCCAGCGCAAACUCCUGCGGGUCGUUAUCGCCCUCGUGUUUGCCUUUUUCAUCUGCUGGCUGCCUUUUCAUACCAAUAAGACCCUCUCUGAUCUGGUGGAACUCGAUCUCUUGCCCUAUUCUUGCACAUUUGACCGCUGGCUGGUUGCUGUUCAUCCUUAUGCGAUCUGCUUAGCGUACAUGAACAGCUGUCUGAAUCCGCUGCUGUAUGCCUGCUGUGAUCAGGCCUUCCGGAGACGAUGCAAACGUGCAGUCAAGUUAGUUUGGAGGAGAAGUGAAGGAGAAAGAAAUGAAUCAGAAGACAGAGAGACAGGAACAAGGGAUAAGCUGGAAGAUGAUAAAGAAGUGAAUGAUUCAGGACACAAAUCCAAAACAGAAACAGAAUACUCAUGA